UGUUUUAUUUGUUGUAUUUUUCUAUUCAGCUCUUUAUUGUUUCAGGUUCUGUAUAUAAUCCCCCACGCAGCGUCGAGUUUUCACAGCUUCUGCUUCUGCAUUCGUAAUCGGCGCCGGAAUUCGAUCGGAAUUAACAAAGGGGAGAGCAGAGCAUCACCAUGUCACCACAGAUGGGAAUUGUUAACAAAACCCACGAAAAGCGAGCUCGCAGAUCCUCUUCGAAGACCCGCAACCCUAACAGAAGAAGAAGAACUGCAGGUCUGAAGCACCGGAGGCCUGAGAUGGCUGAAAAGAGUGCUCGCAGAGCCUCUUCCGAGAGUCUCAAUCUUGAAGAAAUCACGGCCUUUCUGACCCGAUUGGAGGCGGAAAUGGCGGAGAGGAAGCCUCAGCGUGGCUCAUCGAAGAGGAAGUUUCUUAAGAAAAGUUUGGUUGCUCUGAAACGCCUGGAACGGGGCGGGGCAGAGCUGAGAGCAAGAAUUCGCUUGGACGCAGAAUAUCAAGAGAAGGAGCUGAAGGAGUUGGAGGCAGAGGAAAAGGAGAUGGCGGAUGAGAGAGUGAUGAAUGAGGAGAUCAGGGUCCUCAAUGAGUGGCUGGCCACUGCAAUCCAUGCUGAUGGGAUUCAGGAGCCAGUUUUUGCGGGUCGCUUGAAGAUGUAACGUGAGCCAAAGAUCGAGGUUUUAGUACUUUAUUAUGGUAUUUGAUGAAAUAAUGGUUGUUCUUACUCGAACAAUGAAUGAUUGGAUAGACCCUUCUCACCAACCUAAGUUUGUAUGAAUAUGGCUUUGUAUUAUUC